AUGCCUGAAAACCUUCUGAAAGAAGGCGAAUGUUACACCUAUGCUGUUUCUGACAACUUGUAAAAUGAGAAUAACCUUACAGAUGAAGGACUCUUACGUAUUCUUGAAGAUUCGGAUUUCGACUUGGAUGAUUCCGAAAUCGAAGGCUCUUACAUCCCCAGUGACCUUGAUUCAUCUUCAGAGGACGAUUACGAUAUACCUACUAAUGAUGAUACUGUUGUUCCGCCUGAUGACUCUAAUGUAA